UUGAAUUUCGACGUCAUGCAUAUAAUCUGGUCCUUCUCGGACAGAUCCACUCUGUUCACGUUCAGGAAAACAUGUCGCGAUUAUCGUCAUGAAGUGAUUCGGUAUAUUCUCAAAGAAGACGUAAUCCUCAACCUAGAACGCCCCGCCAAGAUCAGCUCGUUCCUCCACUUCGUUCAAGCGGAUCCCACAUACCGGGUCUGGUCUCUUCGGGGACUUGUCAUCGCUUCGUUCGACUCCAUGGACAAUGAUACAGCCAAAGCCUCAGAUGGGUUACACUCAACGGUUGCCCUGCUCACCGCCGUCACCAACCAUCCCAACCGUCUCCUUCGGUUGGCCAUUCACAACGUCGAGGAAAUUCUAGAGAUGACUCCGUCCAUCUACCCUUUAGUCGUGCAGCUUUCGAAUUUACAGGAGUUGCGCCUUUUUUCCGCCGGUAAUGCCUCAUCGCGUUUAGUGACAUCACUCCCAGUGCACCUCCGUCGGACCUCAUUGGUGACGAUGUGGCACUAUCACGUUCCUGGCCUAUCGGGUCCCGACACCAACCCGCUGUUACUCCUUCAGAACCACACAGAUACCCUAGAAGAAUGCGUCCUCGGAGACGUGACGAUCCCACCCGAUGCGCCCGUUUAUCACUGUCUGACGACUCUGCGGUUGCAGUACAUACCGGACUACCAUGUCGAGCGUUACGUCCACGCAUUCCCCAACCUUCAGUUCCUCCACCUGGACUAUGACAACAUGGAAGACUCGGCGACGAUGGACGCGGAGAUGGGACUCGCACAGAUGGAUCACACUCGGGCGAGGAACAUGUCGAACCAGGAGCAUUGGGGAACUUGGCCGCGUCUACGUGUCUAUGACGGUCCCAUCGCUGUCCUCUACGUGCUCGGACUGCAAUGUCCGAUAGCCGACCUCCGUCUCAACGACGAUGACGAUUCGCAAGUCCACUUCGGCAUGCUACCGCUCGUCCUUCAAGAAGCCGUACCUUCCCAUCUCGCUCUCCGGAUC